CGUGCGCAGACUGGCGCCGGCUUCCUUUUUGUCCCGCGGCCUCUUCGUUCCGGCUGCGGUGCGCGGGCGGAAAGUUUACGCGGACGGACUGUGCCGGCGAUGGGCGCGGGGCUGGCGGUUCCGAGAUGAAGUUGUAUCCGAGAACUCGGGAGGCGCUCCUCAGGGCAAGGGAAGUCAGGCUGGCAGAAACCUGAGGCUGUUUGUUUGCACUCUGACCGGGAACACUGGGAUCAUUUUCAUCAUGCCAACAGUGGUGGUAAUGGACGUAUCCCUUUCCAUGACCCGACCUGUGUCGAUCGAGGGGUCUGAAGAAUAUCAACGUAAGCACCUAGCAGCCCAUGGUUUGACGAUGCUGUUCGAGCACAUGGCCACAAAUUACAAGCUUGAGUUUACAGCUCUGGUGGUUUUUUCCUCACUUUGGGAGCUGAUGGUUCCCUUCACAAGAGAUUACAACACACUUCAGGAAGCACUAAGUAAUAUGGAUGAUUAUGAUAAAACCUGCUUGGAAUCUGCGUUAGUUGGUGUUUGCAAUAUCGUUCAGCAAGAAUGGGGUGGUGCAAUUCCUUGCCAGGUUGUUCUGGUGACAGAUGGCUGUCUUGGCAUUGGUAGAGGGUCACUGCGGCAUUCCCUAGCUACUCAUAGUCAACGAGGCGAGAGCAACAGGUUUCCGCUACCUUUUCCUUUCCCAUCUAAGUUAUACAUCAUGUGCAUGGCAAAUCUGGAGGAGCUUCAGAGUACUGAUUCCUUGGAUUGCCUUGAACGUCUCAUAGAUUUAAACAAUGGUGAAGGACAGAUUUUUACUAUUGAUGGCCCCCUGUGCUUGAAAAAUGUACAGUCUAUGUUUGGAAAACUGAUAGAUCUGGCGUAUACACCUUUCCACGCUGUUCUCAAGUGUGGCCACCUCACUGCUGAUGUGCAGGUCUUCCCCAGACCAGAGCCCUUUGUUGUAGAUGAGGAAAUCGAUCCCAUCCCUAAAGUCAUCAACACAGAUUUGGAAAUAGUGGGAUUUAUUGAUAUAGCUGAUAUUUCAAGUCCCCCAGUUCUAUCCAGACAUCUGGUCCUACCAAUAGCACUUAACAAAGAAGGUGAUGAGGUGGGUACUGGCAUAACUGAUGACAACGAAGAUGAAAAUUCAGCCAAUCAAAUUGCGGGCAAAAUACCCAACUUCUGUGUCCUGCUCCAUGGCAGCCUGAAAGUAGAAGGAAUGGUGGCAAUAGUUCAGUUAGGUCCUGAAUGGCAUGGAAUGCUCUACUCCCAAGCUGACAGCAAGAAGAAAUCAAACCUCAUGAUGUCUCUCUUUGAGCCUGGCCCAGAACCUCUCCCAUGGCUAGGGAAAAUGGCACAGUUGGGUCCUAUUUCAGAUGCUAAAGAAAAUCCUUACGGAGAGGAUGACAAUAAGAGCCCAUUUCCCCUGCAGCCCAAAAACAAACGCAGUUAUGCUCAGAAUGUGACCGUCUGGAUCAAACCCAGUGGCCUGCAGACAGAUGUACAGAAGAUUUUAAGAAAUGCAAGGAAACUACCUGAAAAAACACAGACAUUCUAUAAGGAGCUAAACCGUUUACGAAAGGCUGCCCUGGCAUUUGGUUUCCUGGACCUGCUUAAAGGAGUGGCUGACAUGCUGGAAAGGGAGUGCACGCUGCUGCCCGACACAGCGCACCCAGACGCCGCCUUCCAGCUGACCCACGCUGCCCAGCAACUCAAGCUAGCCAGCACUGGCACGUCUGAGUAUGCCGGCUACGAGCACAACAUCACGCCUUUGCAUACAGACUUCUCCGGGAGCAGCACUGAAAGAAUGUGAAACUGACUUUGGGAGCCUUCCUGCUUUCUUUCAUGACAGGUGAAAAGGAUUUAGGGUAAAAACUCCAGUUUGUUCACCUCUGCAAGAGCUCCCCUUCCCCCCAACACUUCCCUGAGGUUGCCUCGGAAGCACCACUUGCUGGGCUGUGCUGCUUGGGCUUUGACCUUGGUUUUCUGGAGCUGAGUCUGUAAGCCCCAAAAAACCACUGUUGCUCCCACAAUGGGCACACCUUCUGAGUAACUUAAAGGACUGAUAAAUACAGAGCUCUCCCCACUUCCUCCUAAUCAGCGGGGGUUCUCGGGCUAGCUAAAGGUACCUCUUCUCCUCUCCAACCGUAAGGACAUUUUCCAGCUUCUGUCCUUGGAAUGAGCAGCCCAGCCCAGACUGUCUGGGACUUGCUAAAUGUGAGUCCAACACCAUUAAGUUUCAGAACUGUCCUUAGAACUUGGGCAAAAACUUGAUGGUAACCCUCUGGUGAAGUAUGUCUUGAGAUACAGACUUAAACAGCAGCUAUAAAUGUAUAAAAUGAUUCCUACUUCAAGUUUUGGUUUGGUUUGGUUUUUUAAUGAAAAUAAAAUACUUGAUUUUCUAGAAAAUGGAUUCGUUGGGAAACUAAUGGGUCUUUGUCUUUUGGUCUGUCCUAUCACCUGGAUGUAAUUUCACCUUCCUAAGUGGCACAGAUUUCUUAAGUCCUGAGAGUUCUUGGGUUCCAUAUGGACUUAUUUCUGACACUGGUUAGGUCUCUGCCUCAGCCAGGUUCUACCCCGGUGGAUCUGACUGUUCUCUCAUCAGUAUGGUAUCAAUUCAUUCACUAGCUUCAGGACCUUAGGCAAGUCAGGUAACUUCUCCAAGCUUUCUGCCAUCAGUGCUUUUCAGAUUGCUCUGUGGACUCCAGAGGUUAACCCUCCUGCAGGCUUCACCCCAAGCAACCAUUUUCACACGCUGAAUUUAACAUUUCACCACGCAGUGCAGUAUAAUAUUUUGUCUGGACAGAUGACUUUAUCAUUAGCAACCUGAAAACCCAACAGACUAAAUGAUCUUUAAGCACAAGUUGUUAGGAUUUUGACUGUAAAUUUUUAAUAGAAAUACACCAUGUUUUGCUUUCUCAGAUAGCAAUAAAGGAGUUUAUAACAAUCACUAGGAAUACAGGCUUCUGCCACAAAGAUGCAGCAUAUACUGCAAAGCUGAUCUGUCCAAAUAAAGUCAGGUGAAAGAACAGAAGUUAACACAAACAAGUGUUGACAGAAGUUACAAACAUGCAAAAUAUCCUUCAGUGCAAUGAACUUAUUAAAAAAGAAAAAAAUCAGCCAGCCUAUGCUAAUCUGAUGUCUUUAGUAGGUCAAACCAAGUUUCCAUAUCGGGCUCAGAGAAACAGUGUAACUUACGGAGUCCCCUCUCACCCAAGAACAACAGAAAUGGCAGAACAGAAAGAGCUACCAUGUUCUUAAAUUCUUUUAUACAAGCAUUACUUCUAACACAUAUUUUAUUUGGUGAACCUGGAAUGUUUUAGAGGAAAACAAUGAUAUUUUUGACAAUGGUCAAACUUUACAAUGUCUCUACUUUUCUCAGUUCCUCUAUGGGUGGGUUUCCAGCCCGGAAGCUUUUUCAAGAUUCUCUAGCCAAAAUUCCCACUGUUUUCCCUCUCCAAGAGCUGACCAGUGAAACAACAAGAGAACAAAGGCAGGCAUUUCUGAGGUCAGUUCCACCAGCCAUUCUGACAGGUUUACAAGGAAAUGGACUUAGCCAGCACAGAAGAAGGAAGAGAGCCGUUUUAUGUACGUGCACAGGCUAGGACUGGUCUGCCUGCGCAUUUUUUCUGCUUCCUGUUUGCCACAGGCCACCCUUCCGGCAGCUGUCUCACUAACGGUUUGACCCUUCUGACACCUGUAGCCAUUUGGGUUUGGAACGCUUAUAAUCUCACUGUUUUCUAAACUAACGUUUCAUCUUUCUCUAGUGUUGAAGAUCAUUCUGAUUUAGCUAGGAAUGAAAUAAGUGAUCAUGGUGUUCCAAAGUUCUGCCUCUCGUUUCUCCCAGAUCAUUCUGUGCCUCCUGGGUGUGCACACAGGUAAGCACUGUCAUGACAGGUGGUGGUAGAAGCCAAAAGAUGCUCAGAAGUAAUGUGUUCUCUAGCCCCACUCAGACUCAAAUAUUUUAUCAGUGCCACCCCUCAGGGACAGAAUGUAUAAGGUCCUGCCUGAACAGUGCCUUUUUUUUUUCCUUCCUUUCUUUUACCCUCCAAGCAACAGCUGAAAUGAACAAAGGCCAGCUGUAAGAAUGGCCAGUAUCUGGCAGGGUUAGGGCACUGAAGUAGGACCUCUGGCCCGUGUGAAAGCGACUGAACAAGGAGUGCUUGGGGGUAGGGCUGUCUCUUGCUGUCAUUAAUGGAAUAUACAAGAACAAACCUGUCCUCAGAUAUCGGGAAUCCAUGUCAUGCAAGUACUACACUAAGAUAAUAACGGUAAAUUCAGGAAUGUUACGGGGAGAAGGGAAUAUAGCCUCACUGAGAAUUUAAUCAUUUAACUUUAAAAAAACUUUUACAUCAGUACAAGAAGGUAAAACUGUAAGAAUUAUAGAUUAGGCUCAAACUGGCAAGAAGUCUUCAAGAUCUUUUUAGUGGACCUUUUUCUUUUUUUGUCCGUAACGCCGCCUGCGCUGUUUAUAAAGGUGACGGAAAUUUAUGUACAACCCUGAAAAAGAACAAAGCCAAUGAGAAAAUGGAAUCUGUCUCUUUAUAACCAGAAGCUCUUGGGACAGGGACAAUUUCUAGAUGGCUGCUUGUCCUGUCCCAUGGCACGGUGCUUAAUGCAGGGUGCUCGGGAAUUACAAGUCUGGCCAAGUUCUCAACAGUGCAUUAGAGACCACUCUUUUUUCCCAGUGGGUUUACUGUUUUAUUUUCUCCCAUAUUCUAAUAUGAAAAUUUUCAAACCUAUAAAAAGUAAAAUAUUGUUCAGUGAACCAACACUUAGAUCUAAACUUAAACUUUUUCUUAUAUUCACUUUGUCACCUGCUCAUUCCCAUCUGAUUUUUGAGGUAUUUCACUAAGUUGCAGGAAUCCAUACUCUUCACCCCUAAACAUUUCAUUAAUUAGAGUUCAGUUUUCCUUCAUUCUUUCAAGGUAAGAUUUACAUAAAAAUGAAAUCCAUAAAUCUGAAGUAUAAAAACAACCCACAAUUUUUAAUUCAAGGCUACACAAUAACAUGCAUUAAGCAAUAGUCUAAAAGGUAUGGAACACUUUUCUGGGAAGUAAAUUAGAAAAUGCAGGAUUUCACAGGGAGAGGGUCAUGAGGCAGCCAUCUCCCUGGACUCCCAGCAUGCUACUGUCGUGCCCCGAGUGCCCAUUUGGGCCACCACCCAAAAGCUGUUGCUUUCCUGUGUCUGUUUCCUGCAGCCCUUCCCCAAGGGGGCCUCCUGGAAUUGCCCCAGUGACUGCUAGUAAAGCUUUGCCUGAAGUGCGAAAAAA